GUCGGGGGGCGGGGUGAGGUGCAGCUGAUGGAGCGGCCCGCGGAGCCCUGGCGUCGUGGCAGGUACCGGUUAAGGCCGGCGGGCAGAGGCUGUGGUCUCUCCGCCGUGGGAUCCAGCAGCAGUAGGAGGCACCCAGCAGUAGGUGUGAGGUGAUCCAGCCUGUGUCUCACUGUAGCCUGGCUCCCUGGCACCUGAUGAUGAGUUUGACCCCCUCCAGUGGAUGCCUCCUGGACCUUCCCUGGGAAGACAUCUUGGUUCCACAUAUUCUCUGUCAUCUGCCACUGCAGCAACUCCUGUGUCUGCAGAGGGUCAGCAAGUCAUUCCAGUCUCUCAUCCAGCUGUACCUGGCCAACAUGCGCUGCUUCGACUCAAGCCAGAUUGGACCUCCUAUCCCUCAAGCUGCAUUUGUUAACCUGCUGAAGGACAAUGAAGUACUGCAGCAGCUGGCACUCCAAAACUGCUCCGACUGGCUGACAGACACAGAGCUGCUCCUAGUCAUCAAGCAGAAUCACCACCUGCACCAGAUCCAGCUGAAGGGCUGUGCCCAGCUCAGCUGCCGAGCACUGGUGGCCAUCUCACUGCACUGCCCCAACCUGCGCCAGCUCUCCCUGGCUCACUGUGAGUGGGUGGACAGCCUGUCCCUGCGCAGUCUGGCUGACCACUGCAAAGCACUGGAGGCUGUGGACCUGACAGCCUGUCGCCAGCUGAAGGAUGAGGCCAUCUGCUACCUAGUGCAGAAGUGCAGCAGGCUCAAGUCUCUGUCACUGGCUGUCAAUGCCAACGUGGGUGAUGUGGCCGUUGAGGAGAUUGCCAGGUGCUGCCCUGAGCUGGAGCACCUGGACCUCACAGGGUGUCUGCGAGUCAAGAAUGAUUCCAUCAGGGUUUUGGCUGAGUACUGUCCCAAGCUGCGCUCGCUGAAGGUGAAGCAUUGCCACAAUGUGGCUGAGUCCAGCCUGAGCAUCCUCCGAAACCGUGGGGUGGAGCUGGAUGUGGAGCCUCCGCUGCAGAGGGCACUAGUUCUCCUGCAGGACGUUGUUGGCUUUGCCCCUUUCAUCAACCUCCAGAUCUAGAAUGGCUGUUGCCAGGGAGGGGGGACUGAUGUGAUGCUGGGAUCCUGGGAGGAUGCCGGAAUUGGCUGCUGUGGAGAUGUGCCGAGGGAGAGGUUGGUCCUGUUGACAAGGCUGGCCCGAGUGGGGCUCACUCUUUCUUCUGGGGCUGUUUAGCAGCCACUGGGUGUUCAUGGGUGGACUUUGUUGAUGCCUGUGGGAAGUAACUCCCUCUGCAGUGGUGUGAAAAGAGCAAAUGACAUGGGAACACCAUGGUGCUGAACAGGCCUUGGCCAGGCCAGCUAAUAGAUAGGAUUUAUUAUUUAUUGUAUUUUUAAUCUCCAAGUGGCAGCUGUCCAGAGAACAGGAGAGUGUUUGAUGAGGACUGUUUCCUGGGGUGGGUGUGCAGGGCAUGCCAGUAGGCCAUCUGAAGAAAGGAGAAAAGCCACCAGUCCUCCUCCUGGGAGAGGGCAGGUUCCUAUGGUUUCAGGAGGAGGGCAGAGGGAGCCCAGUUCAGCCUGUGGCCACUGGCCAGACUGGCACUGAAGGAUUGGCAUGGCCAUAGUGCAGGCAAUGUGUCUGUCCAGGCCUAGGGGGCUGGUUUAGGCUGGUGCAAGGCAGGAGUUGUUUUCAGGGGGAACAGGCUCCUAACUGCAGUUUCACUGACAGAAAAAUGCCAAACCUAGCUUUGCUGUCCCUGAAAGCAAUAGGUCAUUGCCAUUGGUUUCUUCCAGCUUCUGAGUUAGAAUUUCACUAGCACACAGGCCUGCUCCUGUAUCCUGCCGUGUAUCA